AGAAAAAUUUUAUUAUUUUUUAUACUAAUCUGGAACAUUUCGGACUAAACAUUUUUACCCUUAUGAUUUUAUAAAAGCUCACGCGUGUCGAUUGAAUUUAAGUCAGUUUAUAUUUGGCGGGCAUCAAAUCCACUAAGAUAAGAUGGCGUUGAUGUCGUCUAAUUUCAGAUUAAUAGAAAUCAUCAAUAGUGUUGUAUAUCUCAUGAUAUUCUAGUACAAAAAAAAAAUAUUGAAAUGUGGUGUUUGUUGUUUAUACGUGAUACGUGAUAUACAAGAAACCUAAUUUUUGUUUAAUUACGACGUGAUAAUUAAAAAUAUUAAGAAAUGGUAAAUGUUUUGAAAGGAAUUCUUGUAGAAUGUGAUGCAGCUAUGAAACAAUUUCUUUUACAUUUGGAUGAAACCCUCGCUCUGGGAAGAAAGUUUAUUAUACAAGAUCUGGAUGAAAGGCAUUUAUUUAUUUCUGUUGACAUUUUAGAGACAUUACAAGCCAAAGUGGAUGAUCUUAUGGAUCAAAUAUCAUUUCCAUUAGCUGAAAAAGGAAUAUAAAUAAUAAUAUAAAUUAAAAAAAAAA